CGAAGGAGCUUCUCCAUGCUAGGACAUUGCGUUUUCGCUGACCUCAUUGAUAAGAAUUUCGACAACAUUGUAGUAUUAAACCGAGUAACAUUCAAAGUCUAUCAAAGAGUUGAAACUUUCAUUCCGCGCACUUGUGUACGGUCAUGGAUUUUGAGAGGCGUUCAGUCCUUCUAUUGUGUUCGGUGCCUUUAAUACUCGUUUGGAUGCAUCAGACCACAUGCAUGCCUUUAUCUGACCAAUGCGCCCAAAUCAACUUGAUAGACUGUAACAAGACUUACAAACCGGAGGGCAACGAAUCCGUGUGUUGCUCCGAUAUGAUCGUCUAUGACAAUCUGUGCUUCUUUGCUAAGGCAAAGUGUGUUAACCUGUCACUCACCAUAUUACAUCCUGGCCAAUGCAUUUCCACAACCGUCAACCCAGUCAAUACAACAUCCAAUUCAACGACAGCAUCUACGGCGUCCCCUACCGCUUCCAAUUCCACAGCCCCUGAUGACAUCAUACACGAGCAGUUUUGUCUACUGAAGGACCAGAUUCACUGCCCGGAUACUCUGGAUCCCGUUUGUGGAACGAAUGGGAAGUUCUAUCAGAAUGAUUGUGAAUUUGCGAAGGCCAAAUGCAACCAAAGCAGCCUCGGCGCAAUAGCAGACAUGACGAUUUGCAAGUCCCAGACAACUCGGCAGAUUCGGUCUGUGGCGAACGAAAGGGACGUAGACAUUAUACGUGAACAAUUCUGCAUCAACAAGGACCAAAUUACUUGUCCAGAUACUUUACUUCACUUAAUAUGCGGGAGCGAUGGUUUAUUUUACAUGAACGAAUGCGAGUUUGCUAAGGCUGAAUGUGAGAACAGGAAUCUACGUUUGUACAGCAGCUUAAGCUUCUGUUCCAGAAGAUUGGGUUGAGUGAACGGCAGAAGAAAACAUUUUUUUUUAAUUUAAGUGCUCGGUUCAGCAUAAAUAUUGGAAUACACAGACGUUAAGAUACAGCCAAGUGAAAAAUAUUAUUCUCACAACGUUAUAAAUGGAAAAAAGUGUAGUGUAUUGGGGCUGAUUUGUUCUUAAACGUUUUUGCAUGUUAGCGGGUUUGAAGAAGGUCACCAGCAAGCAAACGCGAGAGAACGGCACAUAGACCCGUAAAAACGAAAACAUGUGUACAGAAAGGAUAAUUAUAACAUGCGUCGUUCUGCAUGGCCUAUUCUUCGUUCUGGCGUGAUGUCGAGUUGAAGACUUAUAGUCCGCCACUUUCAAUCCGAUAGAACGACAAAAAUGCUCUUUUGUGUCGGUCGAGCGUGUGCUUAUGUGGACCAUCUUCUAACCCGUGAAUAUGCCAAAACGACAUGGCAGAUAUCAAACACCAUAGUAGAGUUUUUAUAGAUAAGUACACAUUAAAAUGUGUGUCAGUUGGUGCAAAUAAAGUACCUCCUAUUGAUGAUAAGAUUUCCCAGCUCUUCGUGCAAUUGGAGUUUCACGUUGUUAAUGUAUUAUGUUGUCAUGACAGUACAGUGCGGCUAAUAUUCCUACAACAUGCUCUUGCAUCAGAUGUUCAAACAGAUGUUCUGCAUUAUUGAUCAGAGUUCGCGAGUGCAUUGACCUAACCUAUAUAUGCGUCGUGUUCUGAGAAAACUGGGCAUAAUGCAUGUUCGUAAAGUGUCGUCCCAGAUUAGCAUGUGCAGUCCGCAGAGGCUAAUCAGGGACGAAACUUUCCGCCUAAAUUGGAUUUUUGCUAAGAAGAGACUUUAUUUAAACGAAAAAUGUCAUAAAAGCGGAAAGUGUCGUCCUUGAUUAGCCUGUGCGGACUGCACAGGCUAAUCUGGGACAACACUUUACGCACAUGCAUUAGCCCAGUUUUCUCAAAACGCGACUCAUACAAUUAGGUACUACAUGAAACUAAAUUUACAGAACCAUAGCUUGUGAAACUGCAAUUUACAUAAAAAAAGAUAAAUGUAAAGUUAUUGAAGACUUCGAUACAUUUUAAUCUCUGUGUAAAAGCAUGUUAUUUAUUCCGAGUGCCGUUGAGAUUAUUUAUAAAUGUGAAUAUAUUUGUAAGUGGGGUGAAAAGGAUGCAUGCAUGUAUUGGUGCAAAAUUGUAUUGCUAUUUACCAUAUGUUAAAUUGUGAUUUUGUCUGUAAUUUUCAUAAAUGUUAACUGUGAAUGCAGUUUUAGUUAUGAAAAAGGUGUUCGUAAUCGGUGUAGUCGGUUAGUAAUUUUUGGUGACACUUUUGGUACAUUUGUUUAAAUAUUGUGUAAUAAUUUGGACAAUUAGAACACGCUAACAUGUUAUCAACAGAGCCACACAGUCGUGACGAAUUCAAAUUAAUUUGGGAUCUUCGUGAGUAUUUAUGUUGAAAAUGGAAGCUAAUAAUUAAAAUUAAGAUACUAUGAAAAGACAAAAUACAUAUACACAUAAAAGUCAAAAACCGAUUUCACAGUCCCUUUUAAAUUACUACAAUUGUAUUAUCAUAUGGUACCAUUAAAAUACAAUGUAUAUUAAAUUAAAUUUAUUAAACAUUCACUGAUCAUUUUUAUGUGUUGGUUUAAGUUUGCAAAAAUAAAAUGUUGUUAAAACAA